CAGCCGGCCUGCCGCUGUCAUUCGAGGCGCGCCGCCGCCGUCAUCGCGAGCAUGGAUACGGGUUCAGGCGCCUCUACCAGCGAGGAGUAUAUCUCUGAAGACGAGGACCGUUCCAGCUUGGCAAAAAGUAUAAUCGCUUACGGUUACGAGCCUUCCGCGUCAAGCGACGAAGAGGAGCAGGUGGCCGUAGACGUGCCGGUCAGGCAGCCCGGGCCAGCAACAUGGUGCUCCUGCGGUCACCGCUGCGGCGACAUGCCUACAGAAAAAGAGAGGGUCUGUUGUACAGAGCAGCAAAAGGUGGCAAACGCCGCUGAAACUUACGAAUGCAUCACGAAACACCCGCUUUUUCAAUUGUAUUGCCUGAAUAGGCACAUACUCGACCUGGAAUACCUCAAGUUGAGGCAUUACUGCCCAUACCACCUUGGACAACGCACCUUGAAUGAGCAAUACCGAUACACUGCCUACCGACAGUUUGUUUGGUGGGUGUACAGGCGACUUGGUCAAGGUAACCGGGUCGUUUUGCCAAGCUGUGCUGUCCACAGAAUCAGGAAAGAGUUCCCUACGCCAGGAGGGCAUUACACUGGCUACCUGGAUGCAUGAUGGCAGUUUCUCCUGAAUAAACAGCCAGAGUUUUCUUCUCAGAAUGACGUGUCUGGUUCAGUGAACUACUGCAG